GCAGCAGUAGCGAGCCGAUACGGGGAGGAAUCCGGCCCGUGGCGACCAUCAGGCGCAGCCCGGCCGCAGUCACUUAUUGUGUUUGCCGUCUGCAGAUUUCGCCUCUCAAACUCGGGGACAAAGUGCAACAAUCUCUGCCGCGUGACGCCUCUGAUUAGCCAAGUUCAGCCUAUGCAAGUUCUCAUCAUAGCGCCUGAUAGGUAAUCACCAUCGCCAUGGCAUCGAACGGGACCGAGCUGUCCCAGCAGGGCGUCCUGGAGGUGCCCGCCGACGUCCUGGGCGGCUCCGGCACGCCGCUGCUCAUCGCCAAGGUGACGGCCAUGGUGGUGCUGGGCGUCGCGUCCAUGCUGGUCGGGCUGCUGCCCAUCAAGCUGGCCCGCUGGCUGCGCUGGUCGACGGAGAGCGGCGAGCAGGCCGUCAAGAGCACCGAGGACGAGCCGACGUCCGCGCCGCCCACCGACAGCGCCACGCUGUCGCUGCUGCUGUGCGGCGGCGGCGGCGUGCUGCUGUGCACGACGCUGGUGCAGCUGCUGCCCGAGGUGCGGCUGCAGCUGCACGUGCUGCAGCGGGCCGGCGUGCUGCCCGAGACGCGCGUGCCCGCCGCCGAGCUGCUGCUCGUGGCCGGCUUCCUCGCCCUGUACCUCGUCGAGGAGCUGGUGCACCGGCACCUGCACAACCAGGCGCACGAUAGCGAGGAGCCGGAGGCGGGUCACCAUCACGGCGGGCACGGCCACAGCCACGUCCCCGUCGGCGCGGUGGACAGCAACGGCAAGGCGCAGCUGGGCACGGCGGCGCGCGGGCUGCUGGUCGUGCUGGGCCUCUCGGUGCACGAGCUGCUCGAGGGGCUGGCCGUCGGGCUGGAGCGCUCCCCGGCCCGCGUCUGGGCGCUGUUCGUCGCCGUCGCCUCGCACAAGUUCGUCAUCUCGUUCUGCGUCGGCGUGCAGCUCGUCGGCAUGGGCAGCAGGGCGGCCUUCGUCUGCGCCUACGUCGGCGCCUUCUCCUUCAUGAGCGCCCUGGGGAUCGCGCUCGGCAUGGCGGCCACGGCCAGCGAGGGCGCGGCGGCCGGAGCGACGGCCACCCUGAUGCAGGGUGUGGCCGCGGGGACGCUGCUGUACGUCGUGUUCUUCGAGGUGCUGGAGCCGCAGCGCGCCUCUCGGCACGCCGGCAUCCGGCAGCUGAUGGCGGUCACCGCGGGCUUCGCGGCCAUGUUUGCCAUCCAGCUCGCAGUGGAGUCGGUGUCGGAGUGACGUCGGCCCGACGUCCGACUGAAGCCGUGCGGGGGAGGCAUUUGUACAUAUUCAUAUUCCAAAAAAUCAACAAAAAAACUCAUCAACCUGGGUCCUCCCGGAGCAGAGACACAGAGACGUGCUAGUGAACCAAAGUGAACAGUGAAGUGUUGUGCGUAUAGUGUAACCCGAACUCGACCCACUGGGGAGAGAGUAUGGGUGUUAUGUGUGUUAGUAUGCGUGGUACUGCUGUCCUUGGUUGCCGCCUGCUCCGCCUCCGGGGAAGUCAUCUCACCUCUUUCCUGAAAGGUGAGUCCAACAAAACAGCAAAACUCUCGCCCAUUUCCCUUUCUUUCGCCUCUUUCAAAACACCGCAUCGCCGCCGGCGUAGUGGACGAAGUAA